AUGGAGAUUUUUGCAGACUACGCCGAAGCUUAUCCCGACGAUGAUAGUUGGGUUGAGGAGUUGGAGCGGGAGGUUCGCGACACCGCGCAUUUGCCGUACGCGACGGCGAUCAGGCAUGUGCUGACUCGAACUCGAUGGCGAGCCUGCGAUUUUGGGAUUGAGAGCCUGGAAGUUCCGACGUACCAGGAUUACCUCGUUGCUCUGAUCAGAUGCAGCCUCAUCGCCACCUUCCAACUCGGAUUCCGCGACAGCGUACAGCAGAUUUUGGCGGAAACUGGCGGGAUUCGACCUGCUCAGCGACGUCGUUCCCGCUUGGCACUCAGCAACUCGGAGCGUGAAGAAAUAUCGCGGUCGUUGGUUGAUGGUCGUUCCAUUCGAAGUAUUGCGGGCACGCUUGGACGGGCACCAUCUACCAUUAGCCGUGAGAUCAAGCGAAAUGGCGAUUUAAAGUCCUACAGGGCCAAUAUUGCGGAUCAGGCUGCGUGGGAUCGUGCUCGUCGCCCGAAGCUGUGCAAGCUAGCGAUGAACCCGGUCAUUGCGCAAAUCGUCGCCAGCAAGCUGAGAUUGCAGUGGUCUCCUGAACAAAUAGCGGGUUGGCUGAAGCGCGAAUAUCCGGACGACAUGAGCAAUCACGUGUCACACGAAACGAUCUAUCGAACUCUCUAUAUUCAGGCCCGCGGGGCUCUCAAGAAGGAGCUUUUGGCGCACCUGAGGCGUUCCCGAGCUAUGCGUAGAUCGAGGCAUCACACGCAAAAAACGAAUAAUCACGGCAAGAUAAUCGACAACGUUUCAAUCAGUGAGCGUCCCGCGUCGAUCGCAGACCGGGCAGUCCCUGGGCAUUGGGAAGGUGAUCUGCUGUUCGGUAGCAAGAACAGCCAGAUCGCAACGCUAGUCGAACGGCAAACGCGCUACGUUAUGCUGGUUAAAGUCGCCAGCAAAGACACGGUCUCAGUCGUAGGCGCGCUGAUCGAAAAUGCCCGUCUGCUCCCUCACGAACUCUAUAAAACAUUGACUUGGGACAGAGGGAAAGAGAUGGCGGCACAUGCUCGGUUUACGCUGGCCACAGAUAUCCAGGUGUACUUCUGCGACCCUCAAAACCCUUGGCAACGAGGGACCAAUGAAAAUACCAAUGGCCUCCUGAGACAGUAUUUUCCGAAAGGUAUCGACAUCUCAAUCUACUCGCAGGAGCAGCUCAACGAUGUAGCCAGGAUGCUGAAUCAACGUCCACGAAAGACACUAAACUAUGAGACGCCAGCUCAGAGAUUCAGCCAAUGUGUUGCGUCCACCGGU